UUGGUCCAUGCUUGACACUGGAAAAAUAAAUAGCCUGCAUAUAUCCAAACUACACCACCUCACAGCCAUUUGCCUUGUAUACAUUAUUCCAACUUCAAAUAACUCCAAAUUCUCUCCCUCUCUCUCUCUCUCUUUCUCUCUCUCUCACAAGUAUAUAAAAGUUUGCAGAUAAAAUUAUGUCAUUGCCGUCUCAUCUGCACAAACUCAUUCUCCUUAAUUUAUAUGAAAAUGAAAAAUACUUUCCUUGCCAACGAUCACAAUACACAAUCUUCUUUUCCCUUUUAGAUUCUAUACUCAUUCCAGAUACCAAGUUAUACAUUCUGAGCAUCCUUUCUUCACACAAAUACACACUAAAAGAAGUAAGAAAGAAGACAGUCUUCCUGGCCGGUUGAAGACAUAUGCAUAUCUUCAAUUCUGUCACCAAUCAUCUGUGUUCAUUCAUUUCAAGGAUGUCAUAAUUGGGAUAUCUACCUUUUGCUUCCCACAAUGGCCAAACUUAUCUCGAGUUUCCUCCGUCGUCAUAAUCCGAUAAUACUUGUCUUUAUUUUCCUCAGUGCCUUAUAUUUUGUUUUCUCAGAGACCCCAGAUGUUGAGUGUGUCAUUGAUAUUCAGGCCUCUUCAUCUUGGCGUAACUCAAGUUGUGAGGCAGGAAAUUGGGGUGGAUUUAUCAGUAAUUGUUGUGAAGUAGUUUUUGAUGACUACCUGUAUGCCUUGGGACAGAGGGCCAACCAGACCGGGAAGCUCUUCUUGAAUUCCACAGAGCAGACAAACUGCUUAGUCCUAAUGAAGGGUAUUAAGGAGGAUGUUUUGAGUUGUGGCAUCGAGAAGCUAACAAGUGGAGCCGGCGGCUGCUCCGACUAUACUAAACUAGAUGUUUUUAAUAAUUUACGGAACACAAUGGAAAGUUUAGAAGAAGACUGUAAGCUUUUGGGCACAGCCGAAAAAUCUGAUCUGGUUUGCAGUGCAUGCUUGAAAAGGUGGGAAGAGAUUGUUGCAUCAUCAGACAAUAAGAGGGGUUCAUCGAAGGUUGAAGCCAAUAUCUGUGGUUUUGCUGUUUUGGUAUCCUUAACAAGCAAGAGGAUUGAUGAUAAGGCUUUUGUUCAGGCACUUUAUGAAUGCCUUGGGGAUCAGAGACUUUCAGCAGAUGAACAGCGUAGCUCGGGGACUAAUGCUAUAAACUUGAGCACAGGUAUAUGGAUUGUCUCUGGUGGUCUAGCAGGAAUUGCAGCAAUGAUACUCAUUGCCACAUGGACCUUAUGUAGAAAAGGGCCUCAAAAGAGUGUUUCAGCUGAGAAAUAUGCAUCAAACGAUUCACUGUCUGAAGAACCUGGCAGCUUUAAAAUAUCAAUCAAGGAAAUUUAUGCAGCGACCGACAAUCUAAGUGCAGUCAAUUUCAUUGGCCAAGGCGGAGCUGGAAAGGUAUAUAAAGGCAUACUCUUGAAUGGGAAGCAUGUUGCAGUCAAGCACAUAAUCAAUGAUGGCUCUGUAGAGACAUUCAUCAGAGAAGUAACAAGCCUUUCCGAUGUUAGACAUCCGAACCUUGUAGCUUUGCUUGGCUAUUGUGAAGAUGUAGAAGAAUGUUUCCUGGUCUAUGAACUUUGUCAAAAUGGGAACCUUUCAGAGUGGCUAUUUGGUAAAGAUAAAAGUCUACCAUGGAUAACGAGACUUGAGCUUGCAAUUGACAGUGCAAGAGGCCUUCGGUUUCUGCACACUUAUCCGGAUGGCUGCAUUGUUCACCGCGAUAUCAAGCCAACAAACAUUCUCAUCGACAACAACUUUCAAGCCAAACUGUCAGACUUCGGGUUAUCUAAAGUUAUGGACUUGGGCCAGUCCUAUGUGAGCUCAGAAGUGAGAGGGACAUUUGGUUAUGUCGAUCCUGAGUACAGACAGAACCACCACGUAAAUGCUUCAGGAGAUGUCUACAGUUUUGGAAUAGUUCUUCUACAACUUAUCUCGGGCCGCAGGGUUAUCAAUCUGAACUCACAAAAACCAAUGCCACUUAGUAAAAUGGCCAGGGCCCUCACAAAAGGCGGUGAUGUAACAGAAUUUGCAGAUCCUAAGCUUAACGGGGAGUACUCGGUAGUAGCCUUCGACCUUGUGUUCAACCUAGCUUUGUCAUGCACAGGACUAAAGCAGCAAAGGCCAGGCAUGGAGCAAGUGGUCUCAAAACUGGAAAAGGCACUAGAUAUCUCAACCCAAAUGGAGCCAAUUUCUUUGACCGCACCAAUCAACACUUGAAAUUGAAGAAAGCAUAGCAGAAAGUUUUUGUAUAUUGAAACAAUCAUGGAUGAUUUUCAGCUUAGAAAAUGUAUCAUAUCAUUAAUUAUUACUGAUUUCAUGUGGAAAAGGAAUUAGAAUAGAUUACAAUACAACAA